UCGGUCUAACAUCCCGCGCGCAAGAAUAGUGAGAGAUGUAACCCGGGCGCGAGAUCCAGAGGGGGUUUGCACCUGAGGAGGAGCCAGUAGGCGAACCCCCUUUGCGGCUGUGGCCCCGGCCUGGAUGGAAGCUGGGGAUGGGGUCGUUGCCCAGGAGGGAAGCUCCGAGCGCUUAUCUUCCCCUCCCGUGAAUUAGCACCGCUUGCCGCCGCCCGCCCCCCCCCCCCCGAGGGAAAGGACCGGGCAGGCGGGGGAGGGUGGAAGCAGAAGGCGAAGGAGCCCCAGCCUCCGAGGCGAGACUUCGCUCUUUGAAGUGAGCGCGAAGGGCGCAGAGCAGAAGCGGGGAAAGCGAUGCCGUUGAGGCUGCGCUGGUUUUGGUGGUGGGCGGUGGUGUGGGGGAGCUAUUGCCGCUGCGCCCUGCCUGGGCUGCCUCUCCUGCCCGCCGCGGGGGCGCUUCUCCUGGGCGGCGGCGGCGGCAGCAGCAGCAGGAGCGCCGCGGGCUUCGGCUCCGGGAGUAGUAAGGCUCAGUCCCAGGCGGCCGUCUCCACUUCUUCCUCCCCGGCGGGUUUCCUCUACCGCCGCCUCAAGUCCCACGAGAAGCGGGAGAUGCAGAAGGAAAUCCUUUCCGUGCUGGGCUUGCCUCACCGGCCCCGGCCCUCGCACGGGCUUCAGCUGCAGCAGCCCGGAGGAGAGCCCGAAGUUCCGCUCCCUCAGCAACGCCGGAGGCAGCAGCAGCAGCACCAGCAGUCAGCGCCCCCGCCGGGCAGACUGAACUCUGCGCCCCUCUUCAUGCUGGAUCUCUACAACACGCUGUCCGGCGAGGAGGAGGAGGAGGAAGCGGCGGCGGAGGAAGGAGAGCCCGAGCAUCGCGCCGGCGCCGGCGGCACCCGGCACAUCUCCACCGCGCGACCCCUGCAACGCAAAACUCUCCUGACCCACAACUUGGGCUCCUCCGGCCAUCUUAGCCUGGCGAGCUCGCAGGACAGCGCUUUUCUCAACGAGGCCGACAUGAUCAUGAGCUUCGUCAACCUGGUUGAAUAUGACAAGGAAUUCGUGCCUUAUCAACAUCAUCACAAGGAGUUCAAAUUUAAUUUGUCUCAGAUUCCAGAAGGAGAGGCUGUUACUGCUGCUGAAUUCCGAAUCUACAAGGACUGUGUUUUUGGAGGCUUUAAAAAUCAAACCUUUCUGAUUAGCAUCUAUCAAGUAUUGCAAGAAUAUCAGAACAGAGAUUCAAACUUGUUUAUGCUGGACACCCGAAUAGUAUGGGCCUCAGAAGAAGGAUGGCUGGAAUUUGACAUCACUGCUACUAGCAACAUGUGGGUGAUAAACCCUCAGCAUAAUUUGGGACUCCAGAUGAGCGUGGUGACUAGAGAUGGUCUCAGUAUAAACCCAAGAGAAGCAGGGCUAAUAGGUCGAGAUGGCCCUUAUGAUAAACAGCCUUUCAUGGUGGCUUUUUUUAAACUGAGUGAAGUUCGUGUUCGGACUGUUAGGUCAGCACCCAGUAGACGCAGGGACCAGAGCAGAAACCGCUCCACACAACCACAAGAUGUUUCCAGGACAUCCAGGAUCACAGAUUACAACAGCAGUGACUUAAAAACUGCUUGCAGAAAGCAUGAACUUUAUGUUAGCUUCCAAGACUUGGGAUGGCAGGAUUGGAUAAUUGCACCAAAGGGUUAUGCAGCAAACUACUGUGAUGGAGAAUGCUCUUUCCCUCUCAAUGCUCAUAUGAAUGCCACAAAUCAUGCCAUUGUGCAAACUUUGGUUCACCUAAUGAAUCCAGAGAACGUUCCUAAACCAUGUUGUGCUCCUACAAAGCUUAAUGCAAUUUCAGUUCUUUACUUUGAUGACAAUUCCAAUGUCAUUUUGAAAAAAUACAGGAAUAUGGUGGUAAGAGCUUGUGGCUGUCACUGACAAAGUAUCUUUACAAGACGCAGUAAAAAAGAAAAUCUAAUGCUUCUGGAACAGCGUUUGUGCCUUAAGAAGGAAUAAUGAAAAGCAAAGAAUUCUGCUACUACUUGUUAAGUAUUUGCACACUCAUAGCUUUUUGAUCUUAUAGUUUUAAGUAGGUCAGAACAAAUUAUAAAAUAUGGAUCCUAUGAAUACAAAGAGAGAUGUGAAAAAAGUAACCUGAUGUUUGAACUAUAUUUCAGUCUUACUAAAUGAGCGUCCCUCACAUUUUGGAUAAUAUUUCAAGAAGAAAACAGGAGUCUGUCUAAGGAAUAAAAAGCACAAUUUUAAGUUGAAAUUUCAACCACAUAAAGUUAACAAAACCUUCUUUGCUGACCCUUAAGGCUUAGAAACCAAAUAUGUGAGAUCCUGGAAACUACUGCAAGAAAAUGUCUUCUAUUUUGAUGAACUGUUUCACUUAAAUUGCUUCCUUUAGAAGCUAAAGACAGCUUUUAUACAUUGUCCUUUCAAAUAAAAGAACUGGUCAUAUACCUGUUAAUCAUCAGAUUAGGACAACCUUGGUUGAGCUACCAUUUUGGGAAGAAGGGGGUAUCUUAGAGGCAAAAUUAUGAGAUAGGAAGAUGCCUUUGUGUUAUUUUCAAAGGCAUUUUCUACAGUUACACCCUAUUGCUAAUUCUGCCUUUCUCAGUGUCUUGGCAUCACCAUGAGCAAGUGUGCACAAUAACCCACAGUCUAUUCCUUAGACAAAAACAUGCAACUCCACUGGACAUACGAAGGAAUUGAGGAGUUUCAAACUACGUUUUUUUAAAAAUCUGGUUUUCUGAAAUGGGAAAGAAAAUGAAUCAUUCAAAGUUUACUAAACAAGAGACACUUACCUGAUUGCUCUUCAGAAAAAUGUAAGUUGACAAGGUGGAAAUGAGGCAAAGCUGCAGUCAAAAGUAGAACUGCUUUACAUUUACUGAUAAUAAUGGGGCAUAUUCUUAGUUUAAGAAAAAUACAUUUCAAUGCAAUAUGAACCUUAUUUCUAAUGUCAGAUUACAGAUAAAUGCCCAGGCAACAUUUCAACAAAGUGCACUUCCCUUUGACUACUUUGCAUUUUAAGAAGAUUUUUGUAAAUAACUAAAGGUAUAAUUUAUUUCAGUCAUCAGAUAUAUUAACUUUGAUGUAUUAUUUAGCAAGGCCAUGAUUUUUUUAAAAAAAAUUUAUUCAGAAAUUGUGUAAACAAUUGUACCACUUGAUUUUGUACAAGAAACUCAUGAGAUACAACUUAGCCAGCUCUUAAAAUUGUGCUUCUUUAGGUUUUUAAAAUGAAUAAAGGCUCCCUUUAAGGCAGAAAUAUGUGUUGAUUUCUCUGCCAUAUGUGAUUAGCCCUUUCAGUUAACUUCCAUAAUUCACAAGGAUUUUUUUCCAGCUUUGUUCUGGACAAAUUCU